AGGCGCGAGCAGCCCAGGAACUGUGCCCCUGAGAGGCCGGCGUGCACCCUCGACCUCAGGCGGGGGCAGAGACUCCAGCUUUGGCCCGGCUGCCCUCUGAGAGCGCGCAGCCGCUGCUGCCGAGGCAGGGAGCCAGCGGAGCUGUCACCUGUCCCCAGCCGGAUCUGGCAGGACAAGGGUCCGGCAGGCAGAGCGCGCGGCUGCAGCAGCCUCGGCAGGCGGCGCUGGACAGGCACCGCCGGAGACGCAGACUCCAGGCCCUCAGCACCUAGAUUGUCCCCGUUUGGCCCCAGGAGCCGUCGGCUUGGGGAGCUCCAGGGUCACCUCGGGCAGACGCCAGGGCGGCAGGUCCGGGACGCCCCGCCCCCUGCUGUUCCUGGAGCCGCCAGCAGGAACUUUUCCACCGGUCUCGGCCGUGGUCACUGCUGAGGUUUUCGGACCUUUCUAGCCGGGAGCCGCGCAGACCCGCUUCUUGCAGCCCUACUGCUGGCCGGUGCCCUGCCCGGGGGAGCGCACUCCCGCCGCGCAACCGACGCCCCGACUUUUCACGCGCACUUCUCCAGGUGCGCUCGGGUGCAAGGGGCGCCCCCUACACCCCAGGCCCUUCCGGAGCCGCGUGCCCGGGCCCCGCCGCCCAGCCGAGCCUCGGAGCCAGCCAGCCCCCAGGCGCGCCAUGGCCGGCCGCUGCUGCUGCCUGUCGGCCGAGGAGAAAGAAGCGCAACGCAUCAGCGCCGAGAUCGAGCGGCAGCUGCGCCGGGACAAGAAGGACGCGCGCAGGGAGCUCAAGCUGCUGCUGCUGGGCACUGGCGAAAGCGGCAAGAGCACCUUCAUCAAGCAAAUGAGAAUUAUCCACGGAUCUGGAUACAGCGAUGAAGACCGGAAGGGGUUCACGAGGCUGGUUUACCAAAACAUUUUCACGGCCAUGCAAGCCAUGAUCAGAGCCAUGGACUCGCUGCGGAUUCAGUACGUGUGUGAGCAGAAUAAGGAAAAUGCCCAGAUAAUCAGAAAAGUGGAUGUGGACAAAGUCUCCAUGCUCUCCAGAGACCAGGUGGAGGCCAUCAAGCAGCUGUGGCAGGACCCAGGCAUCCAGGAGUGUUACGACCGGAGGAGGGAGUACCAGCUGUCAGACUCCGCCAAGUAUUACCUGACUGACAUCGACCGGAUUGCCAUGCCGUCAUUUGUGCCCACACAGCAAGAUGUGCUUCGUGUCCGAGUGCCCACCACUGGCAUCAUCGAGUACCCAUUUGACUUAGAGAACAUCAUCUUUCGGAUGGUGGAUGUUGGCGGCCAGCGAUCAGAGCGACGGAAAUGGAUUCACUGCUUUGAGAGUGUCACCUCCAUCAUUUUCUUGGUUGCUCUGAGUGAAUAUGACCAAGUCUUGGCUGAGUGUGACAAUGAGAAUCGCAUGGAAGAAAGCAAAGCCUUGUUUAAAACCAUCAUCACCUAUCCUUGGUUUCUGAACUCAUCUGUGAUUUUGUUCUUGAACAAGAAGGACCUUUUGGAAGAGAAAAUCAUGUACUCCCAUCUUAUCAGCUAUUUCCCAGAAUACACAGGACCAAAGCAGGAUGUCAAAGCUGCUAGAGACUUUAUACUGAAGCUUUAUCAAGACCAGAAUCCUGACAAAGAGAAAGUCAUCUAUUCCCACUUUACCUGUGCUACAGAUACAGAGAAUAUCCGUUUUGUGUUUACUGCAGUCAAAGACACGAUUCUACAACUAAAUCUAAGGGAAUUCAAUUUAGUUUAAAAGCUGCUGCCCACUCGCCCCCCAUAUCAGAGGACAUGGGUAAGCUCCUCGGUCCAUGUGCAAAUGCUUCAGACAUCAUCCAAGCCAGGACCCUGUGGCAGGCACCCAGGAUGUCACAGACCCCUGGGAGAGGGCAGCAGACUGGAACUUAAGUCUGAGUUUACAAAGCUUUUUAAGAGUUUUAAUUUCUGAUUUGUUUUUAUAGUUCUUUUCUUGCCUUUUGGCUGCAAGAUUUUGUGUUACUUUUUAAAUUUGGGGCUGGGGAUUUAGCUCAGCGGUUUAAGCACCUGCCUGACAAAUACGAGGUUGUGAGUUCAAUCCCCAGUACAAAACAAACACAGAAAACAAAAAACAAAAACAAAAAAAGGUUUUGUAUUACUUUUUAAAUUUGGUAUUUUAAAGAAUUUUAAGCCUACUGUGAUUUAUGUUUAAAAUCUAAUAGCCACUAAAAUCACUUACGAGAGGGUCUGCUAAUAUUUAGAGGCACUCAGACCCCUAGGGUGCAUUUUUUAAAUGUAUUAAUGGAGCUGACAUAUUAAAUUUUGUGAUUUAGGUAAAUUUCUAAUUUCUAGUGUUUUUUUUUUUUUCUCUCUUCAUGCUGAAAUACAGAUCUUUUAACAUGCCACUAUUUUUUUAAUAGUUGCCUUUUGAUGUGUCAAUUCUCCAGGUCAAAUUAUUUGCAUGUACUGGGAUUUAGUUUUAUCACAAUGUGGUCUCUGUGAAGCCUAAAUUGACAUAUGUGAACAAGUUUUAGACAUCAUGUAUGGUGUAUUGGUGAAACAUGUGCAUGUAUCUAUCCUAAUUCAUAUGGAAAAUUCAAAGUGAAAAACUGUUUGGCAAAUGUUAUGUAACCCCUGCUGAAGUUCUGAUGGUCACUACAGACCUGCUAUGUUUGAACUCUAUGUAUCUUUCUCAGGCUAAGAAUAUACUGUUCUGCCACUA